AUGCCGCCACCAAGAGGAGCCCCAAAUGUGCUCGAAGCUCCCGGUGAUUACGACGUCACCCCCACUGUCCACAGCGACACCUAUCCUGAUAUCGACCCUUCCAAACUUGACCUCUCUGGAAAAGCUGUUCUCAUCACAGGAGGAUCACGCGGAAUCGGGCGCGCAAUAGUCCUCGCAUACGCCAAAGCAGGAGCAUCAUUCAUCGCUGCCGGUGCUCGCUCAGGCACCGCCGACCUGGCAGCCGCAGUCGAGGAAGCAGCAAUAUCCGCAAACCGGCCUCCUCCAAAGUAUCUGCCACUUACAGUCGACAUGUCAAGUCGAGAAAGCGUGGAGAAAGCGGCCGCGGACUUUGAGAAGGAGUUUGGCCGAUGCGAUAUUGUCGUCAAUAAUGCCGGCAUAUUCGGCGGCUUUCACUUGCUUCAAGACUAUGAUCCUGAUAUGUGGACCAAUGUCUUCGAGGUGAAUGUCCGCGGUCCAUAUCUCAUCACCCGAGCACUUAUUCCACUGAUGCUCAAGACGGGCGAUGCGUACGUGGUCAACGUUUCGAGUGCUGGUGCGCUCCUGACGCAUAAAACACUUAGCGCAUAUCAAAUCUCCAAGACGGCUGCUACUAGACUCGCAGAAUUUAUCAAUGAGGAGUACUCCGAGAAGGGAAUACUUUCGUUUAGCGUUCAUCCGGGUAACGUCAUUACGGAUAUGGCGACUACUUUUGGGGUUGAUCAGGCUCCGGAGUUCAAACAUAUUUUUAUAGACACCCCAGAACUCUGCGGAAAUACAUUGGCUUUCUUGACCUCAGAGAAGAGACCCUGGGUGGGCGGCAGAUUCAUCAACGUCACCUGGGACAUGCCCGAACUCAUUGCGAAGAGCGAUACAAUCGUCAAGGAGAAUCAGCUCAGGAUCACGAUAAAUUAUUAG